CUUUUCCCUUGAGAGUCACGUGCACGUGUAGCGGACUUCCCCGGACCGGACCGACGAGAGCCUCAUGUCUGUUUUCCGCCUUUUCGUGCUUCUGUUGUUGAACUUGCUAUUGUCUAUACCCAGCAUUGCCUCCAAUGACUCUAAUUCCUAGUACUGGACCGCCACAAUCCGGCAUUCAUGCUAUCGAGGCCAUUUCAUUUGAUAGGCCCCGCUGUGAGACAGCGGGCGAUGCGUGAUAUCACUGCUUGGCUGUGUCCAUCGGGCGCUAAGCUGUAGGUCCUCGCGCCUAUAUAGGCUCCCCUUGUCUCCAACCAUCUUGCAACACUUCUUGACCCCCACCAUGUCCAUCGCAAACACCGUGCGCGCCAACGCGCAGUACCACUCGCACCUCCUAUCGCAGAUCGGCGAGCUCGACUAUGUACCGUCGGCGCUGGAGAAUCAGAGACCUUACAUCCAAGAGCUGGAGCAGCAGAAGAAGACGCUGAAGACCAAGCUUGACAAGUGCGUGCAGAAGACGAAGAAGGAGCGCAAGGAACAUGAGAGCAUCCGUGAUUCGACGACAAGGCGCCUCGCGCACAAGCUUACGGGAAAGAAGGAGAAGUUCGAGCAGAAGGCGAGCAAGGAGGAGAAGGAAUACAUAGAAGCUCUAGAGGAGGAAAUGAAGGUCCGCAACAGCCUCGAGACGAACGAGCAGAUGAUCGUGGAGGCCAAAGCUACGCUCGCGGACCUCGAGGAGAAGCUCCAGAGAUACCAGCGCCUGAAGGGCGACCUGGUUGCCCUGUACAACUCUAUCUUCGAGGGCCCCACCCAAGAGUUCCCCCACGAUGACGAGAUUGAGCAGCAGGUCCGCUACGUCGAGGAGAUCUACAACGACGUGCAGAAGCGGCUCAACAGCGAGUCACGCGUCGCCGACAUCCUCGCGCACGCGGAGGGCGAGCUGCGCAUGAGUGAUCGGUUCAUCAGGGAGGCGCUGACGCACUCGACGUUUGACAUGAUGGGCGGCGGCGCCAUGACUGACAUGAUGGAGCGCAAUGCGCUGAUGAACGCGCAGAACAAGGCUUCCACUGCGCAGAUGCUCAUCCAACAAGCGCGGCAGCUGUCCCCGAAGGUGAAGGCCAUUGGGGCUAUCAAUAUCGCGCAAGGGUCAGUCAACUUGGACAGAAAAUAUCUGUAA